AUGGAGAAGGAGCAGGCUGAGGAGGAGACAAGUUCAAUACGGAAUAGCUCUUUGCUCAGGAGUGCAAGUCAGACAGAGAGGAACACAAGAGUAAACCUUGACCUGUACGCUGACUCACAAACCACAGGUGUGACGGAGUGGACGUCUUGGUUUAACAUUGACCAUCCUGGAGGGAAUGGAGACUAUGAACGUCUGGAGGCUAUCCGCUUCUAUUACCGAGAGCGGGUUUGUGCUCGGCCCACAGCCAUGGAAGCUCGCACUACUGACUGGGUUGCAGCAGCAGAUACCGGGGAAGUCAUCCACUCUAGUCUGGAGAAAGGCUUCUGGUGCAUCAACAAGGAGCAGCCCCACGGCCGCAUCUGCUCCAACUACCAUGUCCGCUUUCAGUGUCCCCCAGUCCAGAGCUACUGGACUGACUGGAGUGAGUGGGGUCCCUGUUCAACUACGGCUUGUGAUGACGUCGGCAUCCAGGCCCGCCACAGAAAGUGUGUGAGCACGCAGCCCCUCCCUCUGCUGUUGGUACCAGCGUGCCAGGGGCACCAUUCACAGAGGAGAGAGUGUUCCACCCCUCCAUGCUCAGCCCAGUGGACUUCCUGGGGUGGUUGGGGGGAGUGUUCAGUCACAUGUGGUGGAGGUCGCAGGAUUAGAAGGCGGACAUGUGCAAGGACCUCGAUGAAGGUACAGUGUCCAGGCCGGCCUGCUGAAAUACAGAAGUGUGGCAAGAGUCCAUGCCCAGCAAGAUGUCAGCGUGUGUGCACUGAAGGCCGUCCAAGUGAAGACUGCAGCACUUGCGUGUGUGACGGACAUGUGCUGCAUGGAGAGGUCUACAGUAUGACUGGCGUUCCUGUGGGCAGUGCUUGGGUGGCAUUGGCUAGCCAGCCUAAGGUGGUUCUUGCCCGUACCGACACCAAAGGUCGGUUUAGACUUCCAGGAUUCUGCUCCUCCACCUCAACCUCCAUCUCCAUUGGGAAGGAUAGGUUUUCCCCCACUACCAUUUCUACUUCCAGCAACAACACAGGUGUAUCGUGGGUAAGGGCUGUCCUCAAAUCAGCUGAAAAGCCAUAUAUGGUCAAGCACCCUGAGGACAAAGUGCGUUAUGAGGGAGGGCGGGUCCUUUUCUGCUGCAAGGCUACGGGAUCCCCUGAACCAGACAAAUACUACUGGUACCACAAUGGCACUCUGCUGGACAGAAAGGUGUACAAGUAUGAAGAGACCCUCUUACUGCGAGACCUGAAGCCUGAACAGUCCGGACAGUACUACUGCAAAACCAGCAGCUCCACUGGUACCAUCAAGUCGACUGCAGCCUCCCUCACUGUGAUCGAAAAAGGGACACCAGCAUGCAAUUCCACCCCUGAGAGCCACCUAAUCAGAUUGCCGAUGGACUGUGUUCAACCUGGAACAGACUCCAAGUACUACAACGCUGGCCGCUGCCCUCACAAUAAAUGUGCUGGUUCCCUAGACUUUGACAUGCGAUGCAGAGAUGGAGCUGUAUUCUGUUGUGGUGUCCAAAAUAUGGAAAGUCGAACAAUUGACUGCGGCAGCUACAUACUCCCUAUCCGGGCUGUGACGCAGUGCAGCUGUCAGAAGUGUGUGCAGCCUACACUGCUGGUUCGUGGCAGAGUGGUCACAGCUGACAACAAUGAGCCGCUACGCUUUGGGCACAUCUACAUUGGUAAAGAGAGGGUGGGUACCACAGGAUUCCAAGGAGGUUUCACCUUACAAAUUCCACCUGACACUCAAAGAUUAGUGGUACGUUUUGUGGACCCCACUGAGAAGUUUAUUGACACUCCUAAAGUGUUCAUCUUUGACAAGAAAGGUGGAUCCAUCUACCACGAGGUCAAAGUGAUGCGAAAGCAGACCCCGAUUGACAUUGAUGCGGCGGAAACCAACUCUUUUGAUUUAGGAGAAAUUAAAGAUGAAGAUCCCAUUGGUCAGUUGGUUAUUCCUCCCAAUUCCUUUCAUAAAGACAAUGGAGAUAUUUACGAAGGAACAGUGAAAGCCAGUGUCACGUUCAUUGACCCAAGAAAUAUUACCAUGGCAGCCGCAGCUCCUGGUGACCUGAAUUUUGUGGAUGAUGAUGGUGACAUGCUUCCUUUGCGGACCUAUGGCAUGUUCGCCGUUGACUUCAGAGAUGAAACCAACCAAGAAAUGCUUGGAGCUGGAGCAGUCCAAGUCCUUCUUGACACACAGCAUGUCAAAAUGCAGGAACACAUUGGCAAAAUGAAACUAUGGUCUUUGAACCCAGACACUGGAAUUUGGGAGGAAGAAAGCGACUUCAAUUACACCACGACUACUGGAGGUCACGGACGGAGCAAAAGAGAAGAGCGGACAUUCCUUAUAGGCAACAUGGAAAUCAGAGAGCGUAGGCUCUUCAAUUUAGAUGUGCCUGAGAACCGGCGCUGCUAUGUCAAGGUCCGUGCCUACAUGAGUGAUAAAUUCCUUCCUAGCGAACAGCUAGAAGGUGUAGUGAUAACUUUAAUAAAUUUGGAACCCAAGCCAGGUUUUUCCUCCAAUCCUCGGGCAUGGGGCCGCUUUGACAGUGUCAUAACUGGGACCAACGGUGCCUGUUUACCAGCUUUCUGUGAUGCUCGGACACCUGAUGCUUAUACAGCUUAUGUCACAGCGAAUAUCGCAGGUGAAGAACUAGAGGCAGCUCCUUCCUCCCCCAAGAUGAACCCAAACAUAAUCGGAGUGUCUCAGCCGUAUUUAGACAAAAUCGCCUACCAGCGUUCAGACCAUGAGGAUCCAGCUCUGAAGAAAACAGCCUUCAAAAUUAACUUGGCAAAGCCUAACCAAAAUAAUCUUGAUGAGACCAAUGGUCCAAUAUAUCCAUAUCAGAAUUUAAUAGGCUGUGAAAAUGCUCCUUUUGAUGCAAAUCAUUUUCGGUUCUUCAGAGUGGAAAAGGACAAGUAUGAAUACAAUGUUGUUCCGUUUGAGGAGAAUGAUUUGACAACCUGGACAGGACAUUACCUCUCCUGGUGGCCUAACCCCCAGGAGUUUAGAGCAUGUUACAUUAAGGUAAAGAUCUAUGGACAGAAGGAAGUUAUGGUCAGAUCAAGAAAUCUAGGAGGAACUCAUCGAUUUACAACAGGCAAACUUUAUGGCAUUCGAGAUAUACGAAGCACCCGCGACAUGCGAGAGGCCAAUGUCUCAGCAGCUUGUUUGGAGUUCAAAUGUAGUGGGAUGCUGUUUGACCAAGCUGAUGUGGACAGAUCCCUCAUAGUAGUCAUUCCACAGGGGAACUGUCGCAGGAUUGGCACCAACAACCUCCUGCAAGAGUAUCUCAUCAAACAUCCACCAGUCGUUCAAAAUAAUGACUCUCAUGCAUUCAGCAUGUUGGCCCCGGUGGAUCCUUUAGGACACAACUACGGCAUCUACACUGUUACCGACCAGAAUCCUAGGCUUGCAAAGAGAUUCUAUGGUCGUUGCUUUGAUGGCACUUCAGAUGGUUUCUCCAGAGAGAUGAAAUCAGAUACUGGAGUGGCACUGACCUUCAGCUGUCCAGAGAGGAAAAUUAACAGGGAAAGUCUUUUCCAGCGUCUCCAGACCAACCCAGGUCAGACGCUGUCACAGAUGGCGAGGGACAUGAGGGAGUCAGAGGGUCUACAAGUGCAGAGGUCCUCCACUCGGGUGGUGGCCUAUGCCUCUGAGCAGCAAGGCAGGAGCCAGAGUCGCAGAGUCAGCUCCACGAGCAGACGGAGGGUACCCAUGCGCAACCAGCAGCAACAAUAAGUUUGUUCUAAGAUCUUUGGUAAAGACUGAAAUGCUGGCAUCUCAUCAA